GCACGUCUCAGAUUGAGACGCCAGAUACCGGAGGGCCCGGCAGCCCUUAGGAAGGAGAGCGAAAUCUGAUUUCCUCGGGGUAUGACGUAGCGGCGGAGUCUGGCUGGGCAGCCCCUGGAUAUGGUGAUCCGAGACAGAUCGGGAACGGUGACAGCGUGAAGAUUUUAAGGCUGACCCUUCAGAAUGACCUCCCCGGCGACAGGCGUGACCUCCUGAAGCAGAAGCCGGUGGGAAAGGCCUUCGCCAUGGUGGCCAAGCGGCCCACGGGCACUCACACCUUGGCUUCGGAGUGCGUCAAAUCCAGCGAGGGGGACGAAGAGAUCAUCAAGGUGUACCUGAAGGCCCGGGCGGAGGACAAGGCGAAGCAUGAGAAGAAUCCUCACCUGCUGAAAAGUGACGGCUGUCAGACCCAAGAGUUGACUUCAGAAAAGCAGAAUGGGAUCCGUCCGUACAGAACUACCUCGUAUCGAAGCCUGUCCGCAAGUGAGGAGGAACCGUCCUACCCCAGAGACGACAUCCGAAUCAUGCGCGAGACGACCAAGAGGCUUUUCUCCAAGCUGCAGGAGGCGGAGAAGCGGCACCAGUCCGAUCGGGCUGCUUAUGAGACAUCCAUUUCUCACUACCGGAGGGAAGCGGAGCAGUCGGGCACGGCCCUCCGGCAGGCCGAACUGGAUCUGGCGGAGAAGGAUCUUAAGCUGGAAGAAGUGCAGCGGCUUCUCUCGGGAAUGGAGAAGGAGCACCGGAGCCUGCUGCAGAAGAUGAAAGACAACGAAACCGAGCUGGAGGAACUGAGGAAGGUCCGGAGCGACCAAGUUGCCGAGCAGGAAAGGUCAUCUAAACUAGAAAAAGAAGUAGCCACUUUGCGUGAGAAGAUCCACCACCUGGACGACAUGCUCAAGAGCCAGCAGCGCAAAGUCCGGCAGAUGAUUGAGCAGCUUCAAAAUUCCAAGACGGUGAUUCAGUCCAAGGACACAGUUAUUCAAGAGCUCAAAGAGCGGGUGGCUUAUCUGGAAGCUGAGAACCUGGAGAUGCAUGAUCGCAUGGAACACCUCAUCGAAAACCAGGCCAACCCCGGCGGGUACAAUGCCAAGCCCCGCUCCAAAUCCGAAAGCUUGAGCAGCAACAAAAGGAUCACUAAAUCACUGUUGCCCAAACCACUGCCUCUCAUCCGAGUGGUGGAAACAUGAACGGACCUUCUCUCCACCCAUCCCACCCACCCCCAAGGUUCAGUUCCAGAGUGACAGAAACUCAUUUCCACCUUGCUUAAAAGCUUGGCCUUGGCCGGCUGCGCUACCUGCCGCUUUGUGUCCUUCCGGCACUCCAGACGGCAACAGCUUCCAUAGUGGGCGGAGGACGCCCGGAUGUUGCAGGCAAGCAAGGCUUCCGGACCCAAAUAGAUUUCUUGGACCAUGGGGAUGCAGGGAAGGGAGUGUAAGAAACUCAUCGCUCUUCCGGGGGGCAGAAAAGCGAUCCUUUUCUUUUAGCGUCCUUCGGAAUGGAUCGACAGGACUGGCCAGCAUUGUAAGAAGAAUUCUGUUUGUUUUGCGUUUUUGGAGAGACAUCCCCCUGGCUCUGCGCGCUCUGAGAAAGUGUCUUGCGUGGCUCACCUGCGCAGAAGGGAUGCUCCUUUUUGGGAGGACGCUUCCAAAGACUCGCAGCGAUGAAUUAAAGACCUCGGCACCUUCUGUCACAAGGAGUGAGCCACCGAAGUAAUCCAGAGAUGUUGUUACUGACCGAGCCGUUCCCUUCUUUGCAAAGCCCCUGUCUUUUGGCCGUGCACCUGUGAGACGUUACGGUGGGAGGGUGGGGUGGGAAGCAAUAAAAUAAGCAUGCUGUGCAUAACGCGAUAUAUGGGCUGAGUUCGUAGCGUUCAUGAUAAUUUAUAUAUAUAUAAGCACUAGGGAAGGCUGGGUGGUUGAUCCUGUGUCCUCCCUGCUCUCUACACCCCCUGUUAGAACCACCCUAGGAAUAGGAAAAGCAUACCAGGACUGAACAACGUGCCAGAAUCCAGCCAGAAACCUGAGUGUCGACUGGCGGUACCGUCUUCCCACCUCUUCCGAACAGCUCUGCCAAGGUGUGCGCUGUGUGGCCCCGACUUUCCUUUGGGCAAGGGACCACUCCUCUCUCUACUCUUUGUCCGAGGAAGGAAGCCGUCCUUCCUAUGAUAACAAUAGACCAGGAGGUCCCUGGCUUUUUUGAGCCCACGGGGAGUUCUGACAGUGGGGGAUGGACUCAGCCACAAAACAGUGGCUGCAGGUGGCAAAUGUUGAGGAAGCCCAAGCCCGAGGCAGAAGGGGGAUAAAGUUAUAAAAUACUGGGAGAGAAUAAGACCGACCCCGUGGGACAGCUGCCCCUGAAGCAAUGUUACUUUAAUCUGCCCAGCCAGUCAGAAGCCCUGUUGGGCAAGUGCCCCGCCCACUUGCUAAAAACCCUUGUGGGCACCAGGAAACGUGUUAGUGGGUGAACGGUGGGAAUUCCUGCUGGGACCAAAUCCACACGGCUAUGAGAGCAUCUCUGAAUGUGUUGAAGGCCACGUGCAUGACCGAUCUGCAUCAAGAAUGCUAGUUUUGGGGCUUGGCUGCGAUCCCCAGUUGAGGUUAGAAGAUAACGAUGAAGAGUUUAGAUUUAUACCCCACCUUUCUCUCCUGUAAGGAGACUCGAGGUGGCUGACAAGCUUCUUUCCCUUCCUCUCCCCACCACAGACACCUGGUGAGGCUGAGAGAGUUCCCAAGAACU